CUCAAUGCGAAACGAUUGCAAUAUGCGUUAUACGAAUGCCCACUGCCUUGCUCGCGGGACAGGCAGCACAAAUCUGUCUGCUUGUUUUUUUGUCUUUGAAUGCCUGAAUGCUCUGCUUGUGCAUACAUUGGCAGUGCCUUACGCAUGUUCACAUUCAUUUUCUUUCGCCCAUGUUAUCAUUCCCUUUCUCAAAAAUAGAGCUACUUGUUUCAUUGGGCUGUAUUUCGGACUUGAUUAUAUUUAGCUAACUAUGUUUAAUAUCUUGCGCGUGCUUUUUUGUUGCUGCCUUUAAAACGACCGUAUUUGUAGCCGCUCCUACGUAUAUUCGCC